UACGUAGAUUAGAUUCAAGUACGUGAUAAUUUUAAAUAAAAAACAAAAACAUUUUUUACCCAUAAGGAAAAAAAUGGGCGACGCCACGCCCAUUUUCCAUUUUGUAAAAAAAUCUGAGUGCAGCUUCAAUCUGCCAUUUUUUAUGUGAAAUUUAGUGUUUCUGACGUUUUUCGUUAGUAGUUAACCCACUUUUAGUAAUUUUCAUUAAAAAGUGGCUAAAAAAAACGACUGCAGAAUGUUUGGUUAAUAUAGCUCUAUUGGUUUCCGAUAUAUCUACAACAAACCUAUUUGGGGGCGGGGCCACGCCCACCUCCCCAAAAAAUUACAUCCAAAUAUGCCCCUUCAUAGUGCGAUCCUUCAUAGCAACUUUGUUGCGAGAGUAUAAAAAGCAAUUCAUCAACGAAUUUAAUACAGUUAAUUUUUUUCACAGCCAUUAUAAUUAGAACAAAAACUUAUAAUGUCACCUCUGGUAAGCAGUACACAGUUUGAAAUAGUGAAUUCAUAGAGCAUUAGUAUUUUGACGAUUGCAAACACAUCCGCAAAUUUCCGCACCUAGCUUUAACACUUUUAUUGCCCUAAAACUCUGCUAAAGACAAUAUAAAAUAAAAUGAAGAGGGGAUGGGGGUGGAACACAAUUAAAAUUUUAUGUAAAACAAUGGAAGACGCACAAAAGAGAUAUAAAAAUUGGUGAAAUCAAAAACUAAUUUCACAAAAAACACAAAUCGACUAAAGUGAUUUAAUUAAUUUCAGAAGUUAAAAUUCCUUUAACUUUAAAAUCCAUUAAAAAUAAUAUCGAGUCGUUAAUCUGUCUUUAAAAAUCUACAGGUGUUCAUGUAUUUAACUCUAGUUUUAGAAAGUACCGUUAAUUUUCUAGGAAAACCCGGUUUACUAAUAGGAAGUUUGUACAAUUUCGAAGCCCAAGGUAUACAUUUUGAAAAAAAUCGUGAGAUGGAUUUAUUGAUUUUUGGCCUAUUGGCGGGAUCACGGUGGUCUGUCAGGUCCGCUAGUUGGAUGUAAAAUAGUGAGCUUUAUAACAGCAGCAUAGAUAUUUAUUGAGACAUUUUUGCAGUUAAUUUGCUUCAGAUUUCAUUUUUUAAUUCUCUAGUUCACUCAAAUUAUAUUUAUUUGACAGCGCUGUUUUUGAUUCCAUUGUAGAUCAAACACAACAAGUUUUCAUAUGAAAUAGUUUAUUUCCGCUUUGCUAGUUGUUAGUUUCGUAUUAGUUAGAAUAUAAUUGUUUUGUUAGUAAAGAAAAUAAUUAGAAAACCAAUUGUGGAUAUUUUCGAUGUGGUUGUGUAUUUCAGCAAUCAUAACUGUCAUAAUUGCCUCUUCUAGGAAGUGAAUAUCCACAACCAUGCUAUAAAAACACAUAAAAACGGCCAAUGAGUUUUCAUAUAGUAUUGAAAAAAAGAUUAUUUUACUAAUAUGCACAAAAGUUUUUCGAAAAACCUUAAAACUAAUUCCUUAGAAUUUUGCUGAUUUUUUAUUAUGUGGUUCUUUUUGCUAUAUUUAAGUUUCCACUGUAUUUGCGUUGGUUACUUAUUUGUUACUGAACCCACGUUUCUCACUUUUGGCUUUGUUGCAUUUUAUCAAGAAAACACUGGGUUGUUUUCUCUAAAAAUAUAAUAACAAUAAAAAAGUUACUCAAAGUUUUCGUACUCUCAAAUGCAUCUAAUGUGAAAAAUAAAAUACGUAGAAAUGAUAAAUUCGAAAUAAAGGCAAAAACUGAGGAACCAACAAAAAUAAAAAAAUGCAACUACUUAAUGAAUUCGAUCAGGGCACGACAACAAAAGCAUUCUAAACAUCAGAGUUGAAUUUGGCAGUUGGUCGUACAGGUUAAGUUGUUGUUAUAAAAUAUAAAGAUAAAUAUUAAAAUAUCGGAAAGAGAGCUGUAACACAUAAAAAAAUACAUAAAAUAACUUAUUAAUUCCAACGCUAAAGUUAACAGCGACAGCCUUUACAAUUGCACAGGCCAACAAAAUUUUGUUUUUUUUUUUAUUUGAAGCUGAUUUUAGCUGUAUUUGGGGCGCUAAAUCUAAAUAUAAAAGCAGUUCUUCCCUAUCAGCUCUAGUUUUUAAUAUAUAAGUUAUACUUAAAAAGGUUACACGCGCCUACGGCUCGCUCUUGUUCGCUAUUAUCAACUCCCUGUUUUAAUUCAUGUUAUAUAUUUUUAUGUUAUUCUUCUUCUUGACUGGCGUAGUCACCACUUACGCGGUUAUAGCCGAGUCCACAACAGCGCGCCACGCAUCUCUCCUUUUUGGCAGUUUGGCUCCAAUUGGUAAUACCAAGUGAAGACAGGUCCUUCUCCACGUGGUCCUUCCAUCGGAGUGGAGGCCUCCCUCUUCCUCGGCUUCCACCAGCGGGUACUGCAUCGAAAACUUUCAGAGUUGUGGCACUUUCGUCCAUUCGAACAACCUAACCUAGCCAACUUAGCCGUUGUCUUUUCAUUCGCUGGACUAUGUUUAUUUCGUCGAAUAACACAUACAGCUCAUUAUUCCAUCGUCUGCGGUAUUCGCCGUUGCCAAUGUUUAAGGGACCAUAAAUCUUCCGCAAAACCUUUCUCUCGAAAACUCCUAGUGCCGUCUCAUCGGAUGUUGACACCGUCCACGCUUCUGCACCAUAAAGUAGGACGUGAACGAUGAGGGACUUGUAGAGUUCGGUUUUUGUUCGUCGAGAGAGGACUUUACUUUUCACUUGCCUACUCAGUCCAUAGUAGCACCUGUUGGCAAGAGUGAUUUAGUAAUUUAAACAAGUAAGGAAGGGCUAAGUUCGAAUUUUACUUCCAUAGCUUUAUUUAUAGCUUAGUUAUGACACUUUAAGUGUUUUAGGACUUACAACCAACCGUUAUGUGGACAAAACUAUAAUACUCUCGUAGCAACUUUGUUGCGAGAGUAUAAAAAUAGUAAACAAUCUAUGUUAUAAUGACGACACAAUUCUGAAAUUUACAAUAUAUAACUCCAGAACCAAUGAAGAUAACGGAAGAAACCUUGACAUAAACACUUCAUUUGAGGAGUGAGGGAAUCUGUUUCUUCUAAUAACGUGUUCCUGAGUUAAAAAUGGGUGAAAUCGGGUUAUAAGAUCCUCUAGCUCUCAUAUACGAAUUAUAGGUUUUACAAAAAAGCGGUGGGCUUUAUACAAUAAUGAUCGGUUAACAUGUGAAAGAUAUUAACAAAGUUAACAGAGCGUAUAUUAUUGGAUAUAUUGUAGCUCGAUGGUGAAGAUAAGUAAAAUCGGUCCAGUAAUUACCCCAGUCCCUUAUAUCAUAUAUAAUGAUUUUCGUUAUUUUAGCUGACUUUGUGACGAAUAUACGGGACGAACUGUGUGUAAUCUUGAUAACAGUAAACAGUUCGGUUAACGCGAACUUAGCCCGCUCUUUAUUGUUUUAAAUUAAUAAAGUGGUGAAUAAUGGGUUUUCACUAAAAUGUAGUAUUUCAAAAAUGUGAGCUUCUAGGCAAAAACUAACAACAAAUUUUGGAUCAGGGCAUCAAAUAUAUACUAAAAUUCACUACUUGAACAGAAAAGUGUACUUUUAGUAAAAUUGAGUACAGCUUCUCACAUAACCAUAACGAAAUUUACCUUCUGCGUGUUUUAAAGAGUACAACUGUGCUAAUUAUAUAUAUUUUUAGGACGCUCAAGAUGAAUAUUCAUAAUAGAAACCAACUGACUGUGAAACGCAUUUUCUUUUAAAUAAGCCCCUAAUAUGUCGAUAUUUUUUAGUCUUUAACUUUCGAAGAAGAAGCCACUUCGGUAACCACCCUGUCCACCUGUGCGCUAUAAUGAAUAUGAAUAUGAGCCGCGUCUUUGUUGCAAGCACUCAAAUGUUGCGUAUACGCCCGAGCGCACCACAUUGUUGUGCUACAUAAUUCAUAUUCUUAUGCAUUUUGCCUGAGCUUAUUGUUAGUUGGCAUUGUCGAAUAUGCUGCAAAUAUGCAUAAAUUCAGUUUGAGCGCUGUUGAGCUGUUGCUUCCCUCAGCAUCGAUAAAUGAAAUCGUCGCGUUUGCGCUGUACGCGACACAUAAUUUAGCACUUUGCAUAAAUGCUUUGUUCGGGUGUGUAAAUGUUCAAUGUGAUACGCUUGAGUGCGAAGUUCGUAUGGCUGCUAAGGCGAAAAGUGCUGUGCGCCCCUUACCAUACAAGAAUUUAAUGUGUUUGCAGGCGUGUAAAUCGGUGCGAAUGUGUGUGUGUGUGAUGUUUAACAUUUAUUUAUAUUGUGGCUGAGUAUGUGUAUGUUGCAGUGGUGCUUUUACUAAGUAUAGCACUUUCACAUCGGUCGAUUUAUAGCUUGUGCAGCAGUAAUUAAGCGAAAUUUAGUGCAGAACAUAUUUACUGCGUGCGCCUCCACUUACACGACGUGUACUCAAGUCCACUUCCUAAAUGCUCCCGUUUCUGCUCAUUAACCUACAUUUGCAUGUCGCUGCUUGCUAAUUGCUGCACCUACUAGUCGGCAAUAUUUUCCAAGUUACUUUCGCGUAAAUUGCCCUAGCGGCACAUGCCAUCUGUAAACAUCUCGCCUUUAAAGGCUUCCCACAUCUUGGCGGAACGCAUAACUGCGUCUGCUUCUGAGCUCUGUGAAAUGUUGCUGAUGCUUGGGGGACUGAGAAGCCGCACAGCUGACAGUUUUGAUAGCAACAGUUUCGUAUACGAAAAUAGCUAAAAAUAUUUGUUGGUGUCUCAUUUGUUUAGCAUUUGUAUGGUUUGUUGGUUGUUUAAUUGUUUACUCUGUGUGGCAAUAUUUGCCGAAGGCAUUUGCUCGAGGUUCGCCUGUUUAUUUUUCCGCAUACUGCGUUGAUAUUGUGGGUGUGCAUUUAAUGAACGAAGUAUUUUUUCUUCAGUUUACUGUUAUUUUCCUUCAGUUUAUUUUAUGACUAUGCUGGAAUGUAUGCCACUUUUUGCGUUAUUUUUAAGGAAUUAGCAAGGAAGCGUGAAACUUUAUGUCGAGGUCACUUGAUAUGCAAAACGCUUAAGAUAGGUUCACAAGUUUCACGGAAGGUUUGUUUGAUUGUGCUUGUCAUAUGGACGAUAGCACUGCUCUAAAUGGAAACCAAGAUUGACAACCAUUUAAUUUUGAAAGCACCGUCAACUUUCGGAAAAGCGAUACUUUUUCGAUGCAUCGAUGUUUUUAUUCUAUGCAUCACAUAACACCGACGUCAUGCUUCAUUGCAUCAUAUAUGCCAUACAUUGCUCGUUUUUUGAGCGGACCACAUGUGUAGCUGCUGUUAAUAUGUACAUAUAUAUAAGUAUAAAGUGUAUUUGAGAGACCAUGCCCACUUUUUGAAACUUUGUGAUAAGCACUCCUCACUUUAGCUCUCAUCAAAACGGAUGUUUGUUGGCUACCUAGAGGAUACUUGGGCUAAAACCGUAGUCAGAAACUUUUCUCAUCAACACCAUUGUUGCCAUCAGCAUUGAACUUGAAUGCAGAAUCACUCUUGCCAACAGGUGCUACUAUGGACUGAGUAGGCAAUUGAACAGUAAAGUCUUCUCUCGCCGAACUAAAACCAAACUCUACAAGUCGCUCAUUCUUCCCGUCUACAUGUAAGGUGCAGAAAUGUGGACGACACUGAAGUUUUCAAGAGAAAGGUUUUACGGAAUAUAUGGUCCUUUAAACAUUUGUGUUCGACAACAUAGACAUAGUUCAACGAAUAAAAAGACAGCGUCUACGUUGUUCGAAUGGACGAAAACUCUCCAGCUUUGAUAGUAUUCGAUGCAAUACCCGCUUAUGAAAGCAGAGGAAAGGCCUGGUGGAAAGUGACGUGGUUUCUCUUGGUAUUUCCAAUUGGCUACAAACAGUAGGAAUGACUGCCUAGCCAAAUAUAUUUAUAAAUAUAUGUAUAUAUAUUGAUGUCAGGAUCUUUAUAAAUUAUCGCUAUAAUUGCCAUUUUACCAAACUAGUAUUUGGAAUUUUAUAUGAAAAAUAUAUAACUUAUUGUCACUAACCUUCAAUAUAUGGGUCACCUUAUCAAUACCGAAAAACUAGUGCCUUUAGCAAGAAAUAUAUUUACUUUGCAACGUGGAACAACAAAAAUUUUAUUAAAAUUUAAGAAACACAACACAAAUUCAAAAGUGCGCCCUCAUUUCAGUAUUUAUAGCGUGCAUGUGGCGAGAGUACAUAAAACGCUGUAUGUGUGCAUGAGCUUUGAUCAAACUGUGACUGCCAGCAUAUGUGUGCACGUGGUUGCCAUAUUAAGAGCAAAUACCAAUACUUUGUUACACGCCCCUCAAAACCACAUACAUAUGCAGACGCGAAGCCGCUGGAUUGUCGGAAAACGCAGAAGGGAGAUUGUUAAACCACAAAUUAUAGACGAACGUUUAUAGUCGUCUGCUUACAAGAAAGCUGCAAGUGCAUAGCGCCAACGGGGAGACCUAACCCUUUUUCCGAUUGUUAAAGUUUAUUGGUAAUAUCAGCGUUUUUGAGCGUAUGCCGCCCACCAGCCACGCCUUCUGCACUUUCGUUGAAACUAGGGUGAAACAGUUUAAUGUUCCUCAGUCUUAGCAAGUUAUGCAAAUUUGCCAAUGAAUAUGAAUAAAUUACAUACAAUACAUAAAUAAUGCGUUCAAAGCAGCACAGCGCUGGGGAGCAGAAAGAAGUGAUCGCUACGUAGGGCGGUAGGCGUAGGGCGGGUGGCAGUGCGAAGAGCGCAAUAAAAUCUAUCAAUCGAUUAUCGUCUGGCAAUUGGCUUAGUUGGGAUUUGUGGAUUUGUAAUGCAGACAACUUUAAGCAAACAAUGGCGCAAAUCUAAUGCACGAGUAUUAUUUACAUAGGAGCAUUCCUAAACAAACAAGCGAGUAAUGUAUGCACAUAUGUUUGUAUGCAUGUGUAUACUCAUGUUAUGAUUAAAUGUAUACUUGGCUCUUGCAAAUUUUUACAAUUUUUCUACUUAAACAAAAUAUUCACUUUGCCAGCGGCAUUGUCAGCCAGCUGCAGUACCCGUUGGUCGCUUGUAGCGGCGCGAGGGGUAGGAAUGUGGGUCAAAUGCAAAUUUGCUCAUAUAUGUCCACAAAAUGCGUCGACUUUCGGUAUUUAUUUAUUAUGCUGUUCUUUUUCUGUGCUUUUUCAUUGCCAUGUCAUAAUAUGCUCACAUAUUCUCUGACAUCACUCGUCACUCUGCGGCGACUUCUCCGACAAUCAUUUAUUUUGCUUAUCUUUCAAUUUCAAUUUCAACGUUGCGUUGCUUUCUCUAUGGCAACUCUACAGUGUUGCCAAUAUUGGCUCUAUGUGUAUGUGUGGACGUGGCUUGCUGCCCAUCACGCAAAGCUAUGCAUAUUUGCUGCUAUUUUGUAGCGUUAUACGAGUAACAUGGCAUUAAGUUUGAAUCGCGUAUUCCGUAAGCAAAAUAUUGCAGUAUUUUAUCGCUAUUGUAUUCCAGAUUAUACGUCGGUUAUACGCGUUUCGUUUGAAAACUUUGUAUACCUGCAUAUUUGGUUUGCUUCGCUUUCCUCAGCAUUUUAUUAUGUACUUUAUUUCAGCAUGGCUAAAAUUUAUGCACCCUCUUCUCUUCGCUCUUCCCCGAAUUCUCUGACGUCUUGAUUCUGCAUGCCAUUUUCACAAACAAUGCAAAUUGAUGGAUGUAUGUUAUGAGUUUGUACUCCCCUGACUGGAGUCCAGCAUUUUGCAGCUUGAUCCGUUUAUGCAAUUUUAUAGUUUUGGGUUUUAUUUCUUAAUAUUUCUCCAGCUUUUCAUCGUUCUCAAUUACUGUGGUGUAGUUUACCUUAGCCUCGUUCAUACUCACAUACACACAAUUAGGUUAGAAAAUACCAUAUUUACUUGCAGCUGGAAGUAGCUAUAACGUAGCUUGCUUUUGAAUUUGGAAAUUUACCGUUAUUGUAGCAGUAAAAAAUAUUUGCAUAUUCUCGUAUGCACAUAAUUGCUUCAAAGUUAUACCCGUCGUAAAGUUACUAUUUUAUAAUACAUUAAAUUUUUUGAUAAUUUGCAACACCUCAGCAAAUUAGAAUUGCGUUUUUAAUUAGAGACUUAUCAAAUAUUCAUAUUAGUUCAUGUUUCAUAUUUUACUGCAAUUAAGUAUCAAUAAAUUGUUCGUUAAUGGAAUUUUAUUUUAAAAAUUUAAAAGCAAAUCGGAAAAUUUUUCUAGAACGUUCUGUAGGUAUCGCCGAAGCGCUUUGAGCCUAUCACUAAUUUUAUGAGUUCGCGUGGUUCGCCUAAAGUAUGUUAUGAUGUUCCAACCUCAGUCUUACGAACGCUGGAUAGUACAUCAGGACAACUCGCUUUCCUCUAUACAGCUAUGGCAGUUUGCGUCCAGCAGGAUUUUCAACCUCAUCGCAUGUAUGCCUAAUCACCAGUGUACGAUAUAUCUGCAUACCAAGGCUAAGGUGUUUUAAGGUGGUUUCAUAAAGCGUGCAACCAAUUCAAUUAUUCCGAAAUAACUUGCUAAGGGAGCUGAAAUAUUGAAAGAUUGAUAAAAUCACCGCCUAAAAUGGCUGAAUAUAGGAAUACUGACAACAAAAGUGCAACAAAAUAAGCAGACAACUGACGCUAAGCGUUAUUAAACUUUCCCAGCCUUGGCCAUUAUUCACAAAGUUACAACAAAGAACACAGUGUGUUUGGUCGAGUUUCAAAGAAAUAUGACUGCACAACAAAACCAGAAAUACAACACUAAAGCAGCAAGCCUUGUAACAGAAACUAUGGCCGCCGUUAUGUCACCCAUCUUGGACACGAGUAAUGCGUCUUAUGCGUCUGCAACAACAACAACGUUAGCGCUACCAUACUGGAGCAGUGACGGCGACGGUGACGGUGGCGGCAGCGCUGUUACAGUCAGUGCCAGCUACAGUGAACUCAUGGCGGCAGUGGGUAGCACACAGGUCUAUAAUGAUACACAGCCAUUAGAUCACAAUUCGAGCGACUAUUAUGAGUAUCCGCCACCAUGUUUGGCCUUCGACGAGAGCGCAAAUGUAACAUACUGGAAUGUGACCUGCGAUAAUCCGUUGGAAUAUGGAUUACCUUUGUAUGGCUAUAUCAUGCCCGUCCUAUUGGUCGUAACGGUGGUGACGAAUUCUUUGAUUGUGUUGGUAUUAAGUAAGAAACACUUGGCCACGCCCACAAAUUUCGUACUAAUGGUUAUGGCGAUAUGUGAUAUGCUGACAGUGAUAUUUCCGGCGCCGGGACUCUGGUAUAUGUACACAUUCGGCAAUCAUUACAAGCCGUUGCAUCCGGUAUCAAUGUGUCUGACAUAUUCUAUAUUUAACGAGCUUAUGCCCGCUGUAUGUCACACGGCGUCCAUUUGGUUGACCUUGGCGCUAGCUGUUCAAAGAUACAUUUACGUGUGUCACGCUCCUAUGGCGCGAACAUGGUGCACAAUGCCACGAGUCAAACGAUCAAUAACGUACAUCGCACUCGUCGCUUUCCUGCAUCAGGCGACACGGUUUUUCGAUCGCACCUACUUCCCGAUCACAAUCGAAUGGAACGGCCAACAAACAGAGGUUUGCCAUGUGGAGACUUCGGAAUGGGUACACAAUUAUCUCGGUGAAGAUUUCUACUUUGCCACAUAUUUCCUAUUUCGUGUGGUAUUCGUGCACGUGAUACCAUGCAUCUUACUCGUCACUCUGAAUGCGUUGCUCUUUCGCGCAAUGAGAGAAGCGAAGGAACGACGCAAAGCGCUCUUCCGGGAUAAUCAGAAAGUAGAGAGUCGCAAGUUGCGUGACAGCAAUUGCACCACAUACAUGUUGAUGACGGUGGUGUCGGUCUUUCUGGCCGUUGAAAUACCCAUAGCUGUAGUGACCGUGCUGCACAUCUUCUCCUCAUUGAUGGAUGAAUUUCUCAAUUAUCGCAUUGCCAACAUAUCCAUAAUGUUUACGAACUUCUUUCUGGUGCUUAGCUAUCCGAUCAACUUCGGUAUCUACUGUGGCAUGUCACGGCAAUUUCGUGAAACAUUUAAGGAUAUAUUUUUCGCACCUUUUCUCACUAAACAGGAGGCCACAUCGAAGUAUUCCAUUGUCAAUGGACCACGCUCAUGCACCAACACUAAUGAGACUGUGCUCUAGUAAAUGGUAAUGUGGGUACCAUUUCGCAGCGCUGCCUCUGGUGGCGCAAGCAAAUGGCGAAAUGGUGCAAUGGCGGCGAAAGUGGCGAAUAAAUCGUGCCGACGUAGCGAAUUCAAAACGAACGUUGAUAUUAUAGCCGAAGAGUCGGUUGUGAUGGUGGUGGCCGACCAGGAGGCGGCAAGGAAUGAAGUCAGUGUGCUGAAUGAGGAAGCUGAGUGCGUGUAAGAUUCGGUUUAAGUUUAAGCAAAUCUGCCGAGUAUUUAAUGGCGGUCAUACAUAGUCAUCUAAAGUAUAUUUUUACACGGCAUUUUUGAAAUUAACUAAUAAGAGAUUGUUAAUUAGAUUUCUUUCAAAGCAUAAAUAUUGUGAAAAUAAAAAAAUUAUUUCUAAAAACAUGCAUCUAUUAAUUAAUUGUUAAGCUCGAAAUUAGUAUUUUGAUGUCUACUAAGCACAUUAUAUUAGAAGUCAGGCAUAUAUGGAACAUGUGUGGCAAUUUAAAGCUUCCAAGCCAAAUGUAAAUACCACUUCCCACACGCAAUAGACCUUUUGUUAACCCACGGCUUAAUUUAAUGGUAGGUCUUAAGCCACAGGCGGUAUAAUUACAGCUACUUGUGUGCAGAAAACAUGAGCACACAACUUCAAAAAUAUAUCUAUUAAGCUUGCAUUAAGCUGUUCAAUGUAAUUGCGAUUAAUUAAGCCUUUGCUAUAAAUAAAUAGAAAUUCUGUUUUGCGCAAAUAAGCAGAUGAAUGUAAUGACUUACUCUUUAGACGAUUUCAAAGUAAGUGUCGACGUUAGCUUAAUUAGUACGUCUCUAACGCUUAUGUAAGGUUGAGCAAAUACUAAAAUUUAACAAAACGUAUUGGUAUUCGAAAUUAUAAGAUUUUAUAGUUAAGAAAAAAAUACUAACAAGUACUAAGUGUAUUCACCGUAAGGUAAAUAUAAAAUGCAAGUAAAGCAAGUUGGAAAGGAAAUUAACGAAUACUCAUUUAAAUUUGUAAACCUGCUGAGCCCCUACGUUUACCGAUUUAAAUGAUUAGCAAUGUUUGUAAUGUGUGCAAUGUGCAACUGUGUAUACUUACGUGCCUAUGCAUGUGGUUGAGUGAGUCUGUUUAACCGUUAAGUGAGGGUAGCUGCAUUUUAAUUGUAUUUACACACACAUACAUACAUAUACAUAUAUAUAAAUAUUUAAACAGUAUAGUAUGCGUUAAUUAACUAUUAACUAAGCGUGUGUAUGUAUAUGUCAUGAAAAAGGCUGUAAGUAAAUGCUAAAAAUUCUUUUUAACGGUAAAUAAAUAAAAUUUCAAAUAAAAAAAAAUUAAAAUUAAAUACUUUCACUUGCUGCAGCAUUCAAUUAUUGUACAUACUUGUUGUAGUUAUAUAAAUGCUAAUUAAUUAUUAUAAAAAAACACACAUUAUGUAAGCAGAAUUUAUGGCAUCAACUCUAUAAGAAUUUUAUAAAAAUUCCAUAACAUUGUUGCGCUGGUGGUAUAUGGUAUGUGGUUUUAAUCCAAUGAAAUAAUUACGAUUAAUUUUAAGCUGCGAUAAGUCUAAAUAUAAAUAUAAUAUAUAAAAAAUAAAAAAUAAAAAUAUUGUAAAUGUUGCGCUGAAUUGCGAAAUAAAAUUUCAAACUGGUGUAAAUUGCAAUCUACUU